UCCCCUCCUCCUCCAUCCUCCAGUUCAAAAUGGCGACGGCGGCGGCGGCGGCGGCGGCGGCGGCAGCGGCGAUGGCUCCUCCGGGCUGCCCGGGUUCGUGCCCCAACUUCGCCGUAGUCUGCUCCUUCUUGGAACGCUACGGACCGCUGCUGGAUCUGCCCGAGUUGCCGUUCCCAGAGCUGGAGCGGGUGCUGCAGGCGCCGCCGCCGGACAUCGGCAACGGAGAAGUGCCAAAAGAACUGGUGGAGCUUCAUUUGAAGUUGAUGAGGAAGAUUGGCAAAUCCGUCACAGCAGACAGAUGGGAAAAAUACUUGAUAAAGAUAUGCCAGGAGUUUAACAGUACCUGGGCAUGGGAGAUGGAGAAGAAAGGCUAUCUUGAAAUGAGUGUUGAGUGCAAACUAGCACUCUUAAAGUAUCUCUGUGAGUGUCAGUUUGAUGACAAUCUUAAGUUCAAGAAUAUAAUUAAUGAAGAGGAUGCUGAUACUAUGCGUCUCCAGCCAAUUGGGCGAGACAAAGAUGGCCUUAUGUACUGGUACCAGUUGGAUCAAGACCACAAUGUCAGAAUGUACAUAGAAGAACAAGAUGAUCAAGAUGGCUCUUCUUGGAAAUGCAUUGUCAGAAAUCGAAACGAGUUGGCUGAGACUCUUGCCCUCCUGAAAGCACAAAUUGAUCCUGUACUAUUGAAAAACUCUAGCCAACAGGAAGACUCUUCCCGGGAAAGUCCCACUCUAGAGGAUGAGGAGACUAAAAAAGAGGAAGAAACACCUAAACAAGAGGAAUCGAAGGAAAAUGAAAAGGCAAAACGUGAUGAGCAGCCAGUAGAUUCCAUAAAACGUUCUGCGGCCAAUGUUCUGGAAGAGAAAGCUGUGAAAAUUGAAAAAGAAGAUGAAAAGGAGCUCAUGAAACUGCCUGUUAUUGUAAAGCUUGAAAAACCUUUGCCAGAAAGUGAGGAAAAGAUUAUCAGAGAGGAAAGUGAUUCCUUCAAGGAAAAUGUCAAACCCAUUAAAGGAGAAGCAAGGGAAUGCAGAGUGGACUCCAAAAGCAGCUCAGAGAGACUGGGUGCACAGGAGCCUGAGCGAGUAGAAUUUGGUGGCAACAUCAGAUCUUCUCAAGACAUCACAGAGAAAUCUUCUGAGGAAACAGAGAAGCUUAAAAAUGACCAGCAAGCCAAGAUACCACUAAAGAAACGUGAAAUUAAACUGAGUGAUGAUUUUGACAGACCUUUGUGUAAGUCAGCUACUCCAACAAAAGAGUUUUUGAAAGAUGAAAUAAAACAAGAGGAAGAGACUUGUAAACGGGUCUCCACCAUCAGUGCUUUGAGUCAUGAAGGGAAACAGCUAGUGAAUGGAGAAAUUAGCGAUGACAAGGUAACUCCACAUUUUAAGGUAGAACAAAUGGAAGCACAGCUUUGUGAUAUAAAGGACGAUGACUCUACCAUCCCCUCUAAGGAUGGAAAUACUGUCACGGAGGGAAAUGGUGCGGAGUGCUUGAACUCUGUCAUAGCAGGCACAAAGGAAGUCUCUCCAGAGAAGAGUACAGACAGCUCUGUAUCUGCCUUGGAGAACCACUGUCAGAAAGGAGCGUUAGAGGAGUCUGGGCCUCCAGACGUGGAAAUGCCUCUUGAGCCUCCAGAGACAGCAACAGAUCUCUCUUUAAAACCUACUGUGUCUGCCACUGAACCCUGCACUGCGAAAGUCGAAGAGAAGGCCCCCAAAAGUAAGAAGGAGAACCAUGCUCCAGGCAUAGAAUGUCUGGAAAAGGUGGAGAAGGCCAAAAAGACUGCUGUUGAUAAAGAAAGAUUGAGUCCAAUACCUGAGGAAGUUGUAAGGAGUCCUUUAGAAUCAGAAAAGCCAGGUCCUUGUGAAGUGGCUGAAACUUCCCUCCCACCCGAGAGGACUAGCCCCACAGAGAAACUAGCCUCAGAAAAAAAAGGUGUAGAAUAUCUACAUAGAGAUUCAAGUGAGGGUCAGUCCCUUGAAAAUGAAAGUCCAGAAAUUCUAAAAGAGGAUUCUGAGUCCAUGAAAGUGGAUGUGGCCACUCUGGACAAUGCCCAGGCCUCUGGCAUGGAGGAUACUUCUGAGACAAAGGGCUCUGUGCAAAAGAACAAAUUCAGAUAUAAGUUAAUUCCUGAAGGAGAUAGCACUGCAUCAGAAAACACAGAGAUCACCUCUGAAAGGCAGAAGGAAGGCAUCAAGUUAACAAUUCGGAUAUCUAGUCGGAAGAAGAAGCCAGAUUGUCCCCCACAAAUCGUAGACUCUGAAAGCAAGGAAGAUAAGGUGGGGAAGGAAGAAGAGAAAGCAAGUGUGGGGCGCACUUUAAGAAGGUCCCCAAGAAUAUCCAGACCCACAGCAAAAGUUGCUGAGAUCAGAGAUCAGAAAGCUGAUAAAAAAAGAGGGGAAGGAGAAGACGGAGUGGAAGAAGAGUCCACAGCCUUGCAAAGAGCAGAUAAGAAGGAACACUUGAAAAAAGCAGAGAAGGAUACAAAUUCUAAAGUGAGCAAGGUAAAACCCAAAGGCAAAGUUCGAUGGACUGGUUCUCGGACACGUGGCAGGUGGAAAUACUCCAGCAAUGAUGAAAGUGAAGGGUCUGACAGUGAGAAAUCCUCUGCAGCCUCAGUGGAGGAAGGCGGAAAAGAAAGUGAAGAAGCCGUCCUUCCAGAUGAUGAUGAACCAUGCAAAAAAUGUGGCCUUCCAAACCAUCCAGAACUAAUUCUUCUGUGUGAUUCUUGUGACAGUGGAUACCAUACUGCCUGCCUCCGCCCUCCUCUGAUGAUCAUCCCUGAUGGGGAAUGGUUCUGCCCUCCUUGCCAGCAUAAACUACUGUGUGAAAAAUUAGAAGAACAGUUGCAAGAUCUGGAUGUUGCCUUAAAGAAGAAAGAGCGAGCAGAACGAAGGAAAGAACGCUUGGUGUAUGUUGGUAUCAGUAUUGAAAACAUCAUUCCUCCACAAGAGCCAGAUUUUUCUGAAGAGCAAGAAGAAAAGAAAAAGGAUGCAAAAAAAUCCAAAGCAAACUUACUUGAAAGGAGAUCAACAAGAACAAGGAAAUGUAUAAGCUACAGAUUUGAUGAGUUUGAUGAAGCAAUUGAUGAAGCUAUAGAAGAUGAUAUCAAGGAGGCUGAUGGAGGGGGAGUUGGCCGAGGAAAAGAUAUCUCCACCAUCACAGGCCACCGUGGGAAAGACAUCUCUACUAUUUUGGAUGAAGAACGAAAGGAAAAUAAAAGGCCUCAGAGGGCAGCUGCUGCUCGCAGGAAGAAACGCCGGCGGCUUAAUGAUCUUGAUAGUGAUAGCAACCUAGAUGAGGAAGAGAGUGAGGAUGAGUUCAAGAUCAGUGACGGAUCUCAAGAUGAGUUUGUUGUGUCUGAUGAAAACCCAGAUGAAAGUGAAGAAGAUCCACCAUCUAAUGAAGACAGUGACACAGACUUCUGUAGCCGAAGACUCAGGCGGCAUCCUUCUAGGCCAAUGAGACAAAGCCGGCGUUUGCGGAGAAAGACCCCAAAGAAAAAGUACUCCGAUGAUGAUGAAGAAGAAGAAGAAGAAGAAGAAUCUGAGGAGAAUAGUAGAGACUCUGAAAGCGACUUUAGUGAUGACUUUAGUGAUGAUUUUGUAGAAACCCGGCGAAGGCGAUCAAGAAGGAACCAGAAAAGACAAAUUAACUACAAAGAAGAUUCAGAGAGUGAUGGUUCCCAGAAGAGUAUACGACGUGGUAAAGAAAUCAGGCGAGUUCAUAAGCGCAGACUCUCCAGCUCAGAGAGUGAAGAGAGCUAUAUGUCCAAGAACUCUGAAGAUGAUGGGCUGACAAAAGAAUCUAAGCGGUCUGUUCGAAAACGGGGCCGAAGCACAGAUGAAUAUUCAGAAGCAGAUGAGGAUGAUGAAGAGGAAGGCAAACGAUCCCGCAAGCGGCUACACCGUAUUGAGACAGAUGAGGAGAGCUGUGACAAUGGUCGUGGAGAUGCAGAACAGCCUGCCCAUGACAACCAGCCCAGGGUCCUGCCCUCAGAGCAGGAGAGCAGCAAGAAGCCCUAUCGGAUAGAGAGUGAUGAGGAAGAGGACUUUGAAAAUGUGGGCAAAGUAGGGAGCCCAUUGGACUACAGCUUAGUGGACUUGCCUUCCACCAAUGGACAGAGCCCUGGCAAAGCCAUUGAGAACUUGAUGGGCAAGCCAACUGAAAAGUCGCAGACCCCCAAGGACAACGGCACAGCCAGUGCAAGUCUAGCCCCCAAUGGGACAAGUGGUGGACAGGAGGUGGGGGUCCCAGAAGAGGAUGAAGAUGAGCUUUUGCGAGUGACUGACCUUGUUGAUUAUGUCUGUAACAGUGAACAGUUAUAAGACUUCUUUCCAUUUUGUGCUAAUUUAUUCCACGGUAGCUCUCACACCAGCGGGCCAGUUAGUAAAAGCUGUUUAAUUUUUCCUAGAAAACUCCACUACAGAACGACUUUUUAGAAGAAAAAUUUCAACAAAUCCCGAAGUCUUUCUGUGAAGUGACCAGUUUUGAACUUUGAAGAUUAAUAAUUGCUGUAAAUUCCUUUUGAUUUUCUUUUUCCAAGUUCAUGGUCCUUGGUAAUUUCAUUCAUGGGGAAAAAUCUUAUUAUAAUAACAACAAAGAUUUGUAUAUUUUUGACUUUAUAUUUCCUGAGCUCUCCUGACUUUGUGAAAAGGGUGGAUACGAAUGCAUUCCAAAUCUGUGAGGGCCCAAAACAGGAUUUAGGGUGGGAGAAAGCACUUGUGCUUUAGCUUUUCAUAUUAAAUAUAUAUUAUAUUUAAACAUUCAUGGCAUAGAUGAUGAUUAACAAACUGUUUAAAGGUUCAAGUCUGUACUAUUGCAGUUUGAGAAUUGUAGAUACAUCGUACAUACUUCACUUAGUAAUAGCCUUCGUGAAAUCAGUCUGUUUACUCUUGGAGUUAUCACACUUUAAAUAAAGAAGAGACCAUGGAAGUACCAUCAUAAAAACACUUUAACCUAAGUUUCUGUUAUAGCAGGCUUUCUUGUUUUAAAAACACACACACAAAAUCAUCUGAAAAGCAUUUGUAUAGUAAAUUGUAUAAUGAAGCUUUGACAGCCAGUUUGUGCUGCAGGAGGUCUCAGCAGCUUUUAUGCUGUGAUAAUAUAUAUGAUGGCCUCUACUACACUGUGUCAGGUGGGAAGUUAGUGAAAUGAAUGUGGACUUUGCUGAAAUGCAGGUACACUAUAAACUUUGCCAGUAAUGAAACUCUUCUGGCCAUAUGAUGUUUACUGAGAUGUCAUUUUGAAUAUAAUACAUCUAAAUAUGACAUAUAUGGAGAUACUAAGCUGACAGUGGUAUUUUAGCACAUUUGAAGAUUGAGAAGGGAUUUUCAGGUGAAUUUUAACUGGUCUGUUCUUGCCCUUAGUAUCUACUUCAAAUUGAAGUCUACAAACAAAGCAGUUCCUUUGGGAGGUGUUUAGUUUUGAGUUAGAGAGAGAGAGAGAGAGAGAGAGAGAGAGAGAGAGAGAGAGAGAGAGAGAGAGAGAGAGAGAGAGAGAGAGAGAGAGAGAGAGAGAGAGAGAGAGAGAGAGAGAGAGAGAGAGAGUGCGUGUGCGUGUUGGAAUUUUCUAUCUGCCUGGAUACAUUAGCAGGGUUUGAAUGUAGUUCUGGCCUUUGGCCAUUAUAUACUUCUAUUAAAAUCCAUUUAUAGUCACACAACCAACAGAACUGAAUGAGAACCGCUGAUAUACUUAAUAGACAUAACUUCCAUUUUAAACAUCUCAACACUCUAAGGAUUCGCCCUUUGCUUCAAGAAUUAGGCGGUUUUCCAAUUAAAUAAUGUAACAUAGCUGACACUAACAUAUGAACUUCAUCUUAGUUUCUGUUACAGUUGUGAAGUUUCAGGCACAGCCCUAACCCUGGACAACUGUAGCAUUUGUGAUUCUUGCCUGGCACAUCCUGAAGCCUUUAGCAUUGCUUCGGUGUGUGCUCUUGCCCUGGGAUUCGGGUUUUCUGAUCCAGUGUCGUCUGUUGCCAGCAAUAGACAUACCGUUUCUGCUGCUGGCCCAAGGAACUUCAUUUUUCUUUUCAGAUUAAGCAUUAUAUGUGGUAGUCAGUGUACAGUAAACCACUUCUUUUUUAUCAUUAAAAGCUGGCAUUAGACUUGUAUCAUAAAGAUCUCUCUGGAAACUUUAUGCUCCUACUUUCUGUUCCUCAACAGAUAUUGCCCUUAAAUCUUACCUUCUGCCCUUUAAAGUUUAGUGCUGAUUUUUUCAGUUACUGAAUGUUUCAUUUUAGUUCUGUAGAACUUGUCCAAUAAUAUUUUUGCUUUGAUUCUAGUGAUGAACUUGUAUUUGUGUAACAAUGAACAGUGAAAGCAACCUUUAAAAAAAAAAAGAUGCAGCAGCUGCUGCUACAAAACCAGUUGUGGUUUUAUCUUGAAACAGUGUUGUGCUGGAAGGACCGGGUGGGCGUGUAGUCACAGGAAGCAAAGGACUAAAACAGAGCCCCAUUCACUUGUAAAACUUCCUUUCUAGCUGUUUUAUUUAAAAAUGAGCUAAGUAAACUUUUUAACUGUCUAGAACAGGCAGGCAGAAGGAUUCCUACUAGUGCAUGGUACGUGGUUCCUGCCACCCUGUCUCAGAAGGUGUCAAUCCUGCAGCCAGGUAAAGCCACUGUGGUGUAGAAACUCUCCCAUGUGCCUGUCUCUACCUCUGCACACACCAGCUCUUGCAUCCACCUAUCAAUUCUACUCAUCAUUUAUACAGAUGAUUAGAAUUAGUAAAUGAGUAGCUAAUGCAACAGCAUGCGGAAUGUGAAGUAACUGCUGUUAUGGAAAACCCACAGUAAUUUUUACAGUAAAGACUGAGUAUUCCACUUAGCAAAUGUCCCACUGACGGGGUUUCAAAACCACUUUGUGCUAUCUGAUCCUUACUAAACUUGUACCAGUGUCAGCUUGAUACUGAGUGUCUCCCUUCUAACCUUACAUUCUCAUUAAACCAACUGGCUAUCAAGAGUAAUCCAGGCAGCUAAUACAUACUAAUUCUUAGUAUCCAGAGAGUUCUGCUGCUUGGCUUUGUUGUUUCUGUUCAUGCUGGAGAUUGAAUCCAGGGCUUUAUGCAUGCUGGGUAGAACUCCUGCCUUGUUUAGUGUUUAGAGUCAGUCCCUCAGAGUCUGUUAUCUCUCAGAAAUACUCACUUGGAAGAUGCUCCCAAUGAGGUUUCUGUUGCUGCUGUCAAAAUAAAUGUUCUGUAUCAAAAAUUCUGAUACAACCAUUAAGAACUGGAGAAUGGAAAGGAAAACAGUAAUGUAGGGAUCAACUAUCUUCAAUCCAUGAUAGAUUCAGAUUUACAAUAUAUUGAUAGAAUAUCUCCUUUUAAUAACUUCAGUGACCCCCCCCUACCUUUUCAAAUACAAGUGUUGAACUUGUAUUAAGCUCCCAGUAUCAGACUCUUAGUCUACAGCAUAUGCAUUUUAGGAAGAUGCAGUAUAGUAUUCAAAGUGUUUAGUUUGCCAUUUCAAUAAAGUUGAAAAACUAGCCAGAUUUCUAAAGUCCAAGAACUUAGAAUUGAAAUAGUGUAGGUAAAGGACUCAGACUGGUUUGUGCCUGUGUGGUGAUGAGAUGGUGUUUAUUGUAGAAUGUUACUGGAAAGUGAUGUGUCUUUAACAAUACACAUAAUACACUGAGGUUAUUUCGUCCUUGACAUCUUUCUCCAGUUGGAAAAGGUUGUUAUUCAGAGGAUAAAAAGGAGUUUCAUUAAGAAUGAAUUCAUGGGCCGGGUGUUGGUGGCUCACACCUUUAAUCCCAGCACUCGGGAAGCAGAGGCAGGUGGAUCUCUGUGAGUUCGAGGCCAGCCUUAUCUACAGAGCGAGUUCCAGGACAGCCUCCAAAACAAUACAGAGAAAGCCUGUCUCAAAAAACCAAAAAAAAAAAAAAUGAGUUCAUGUUCAUAAGUUUACUGGUAACUUAUUUUUUAAAAAGUAAUCUGCCAAAGAACCAAGAACUUCAGAUACUAAUGAUGAAAUUGUGGGGGGGAAAGGUUUUUAAAAGAAUGUUACUCACUUUUCACUUUCUAGUUGAUAGAACCUAUCCUAUAUAAGACAUUUAAGCAAAGUGAAUAUAUUAAGAAAAAUGUGGACACUUCUUUAAAUUGAGAGUAAAAUGCUGGCAAGUAUGUUAGUAAUCGUUAAGUGGGAUGGCUGGAGUUCCCUUUGUCACAGGAAUGCCCGUUUGCCCUCAUUUGUAGGCAGAGGUGUUGUCCACUUACUAAUUGUUCCACCAGAGGACAAGAAGCACCUAACAAAUCUUUUUAACACUCAGAUAAUGCUGUGACUCCACUGUCAGCUGCCGCAGCCGAGCAGAUCUCUAGUUCAGGACAGUCUCAGCUUUAGAACAAAGAUGAAGAUUUUUCUUAAGAGAAAAUGUGUAUACAUACACAUUCUGGAUAACUACAAGAAAGGUGAAUUCAUCAUGAACUGACAUAAAAAUAUAAAGCAAAUAGUUGUGACAAAAUUAUGAAUAUGAUUCAAUUAUAGAAAGUUUAGAGAACAAAUAGUUUUUGUCGGUUUGACAUUCUCAAAAUAUAUUUCUGGUUCUCUUAAGAAGCAGAGAAUGCCAAAACCAUAUGUAUGCUGUAGUCUACAUAGUCCUUGUCUGUUUUAACUCGAUCCAUUAUUGAACUCUGAGAAUAAAAUUCAUUCCCAUUUUAUCCACCAUUCCUAGUAUAACCUUGGAAGUGGCAAGCUAAUUACUGGUUAAUUUCCUCACUGUUUGUAUCCUGAUCCUGAGAGAAAACUGCUUUCUUCAGUUUUUUUGUUUUGUUUUGUUUCUGGACAGCGUUUCUCUGCCCUGGCUGUCCUGGAACUCACUCUGUUGACCAGGCUGGCCUUGAACUCAGAGAUCCUCCUGCCUCUGCCUUCUGAGUGCCGGGAUUAAAGGCAUGUGCCACCACCGCCUGGCUUCAUCCAGUUUUUAAACUGGGUUAUUAUGUUAUGCUUCCACUUAAUUUUCAAAAUAUUUCAAUCUAACUUAAAUUAUUUAACAUCUUUUGAGUGCCAAGGUUUGCUAGGUAACUGGCUGCAUUAACACUGAGGAUAAGUCAUUCCCAUGUAAACAGUCAUAAGCCAAAAUAGACUUGGUGCAGAACCACUUUAGAUUGUACACUCAACAUGUGUUCCUCAUACAGAGCCUCUCAGAAGGUGAUUAGAACAGAGUUCCCUUAAUGUUUCCACUCCUUUUGGUCAUGUACACAACUCCUUGCCCCAUCUCAUAUUUCUACGACUUUGCUCUGGGAGAUGCUGUUCUGGCACACUCACUAGUCUAAGUUCAUGGAGCUGUUGCUUUUAUCUUAGUGCUUCAGAUAUGUCUGUCCUAUACAAUGUAUGUGAAAGAACAUAAAUUACCAGAUGAAUAGGGAUUUACUAAGCUCUAGACAUUCUGAAUGAGAAAAAAAAUUAAGAAACUGUAUUUGUGGGCUUGGUUUGGUUUUUGUUUUUGUUUUGCCAAACUGGUACAAGCCAGAAAAUGUUCAAAGGACUGAAUAACCUUCUUUGUUUUUGCCACUGGAUGAUAUAAGUUAAAGUGAGCUUGUUUAACUAUAUAUUUUCUUGACUUUCAUCAGUUCAGAAGGAGUCUAACUUAAGUGUUUGGGGUUUGUUUGACCUGUAUUUAUUGCAUCCUGGUCCAAGGCCAGGAGCCUGCAUGUUAUGUUUAUGGACAACCAGAACACAGUCAUUGUGGAACUUAAUGGCUCAAGAUCUUCUAAAUCAUUUAACUUAUUUUGUACGUUGCGAAAAAAGAAAAAAAAGUUUAUUUUGCUUGAGAGUCACAUUUUUUUAUAACUGUACAGCUUUUAAGGGAUGGGAGGUGGGAAAAUGCCCUACAAAUAGGAUGUAGAUUUUUACAGUUGUGUUUAUGGUAGAACAUCUACAGGAGCAUUAUGUAAUUAAACCUCAAAUUGUUUAAAA